AUGAAAUGGGUGGAAUUGAAUUCCAAGGUUGGAUCUGCAGAGAAAUGUAGUGAUUUAAGAGUGAGUGGAAAAGGAGCUGGAUCUCAACUCCAGCGCCAAGCUGACCACCGGCUACUGCAAGAGAGAGAGUGGCAAGCUAGCAAAUCGUCAAGAAGCAGAAGAGCAAAAGCCCUUAUCAUCUACCGAUUUCACUCCUCCACUGGUUGUUUUCUGUUAGAUUUCUCCCCAUUUUCUACUCUCCAUUGGCAUCCCAACUUCCUCCCCAUUCGAGAGAAGAAAACUGAUGCAGCAAAGCAAGUUCAGGAAAAAGUAAAGGUGAAAGCAGAUUUGCAAAGGGUCCUUGAUGAAUGUGGAUUAUUGGAAGUUGAGAUUUCUACAACCACCUCUGAAAUCUAUGAAUUGGACAAACAGAUUCAGGAUCUUCAUCUGCAACUGCAGAACAGAAAAGAAUUCCUUUCUGCCAAGCAACAAGACUUCAUUAUCUUGUCCAUAGAAACAAUCUCUUUAAUGGAAAAGAACAGUAUAUUUGAGGUCAUUAACCCCAGCGUUCGCCUAGCGGCUUUUGAGGUAGAAAGAGUCAAGCCAAGAGGAAAAAUGGUGCAAAUAUAG